AUGUUUGACGACAUCGACAUGCUCGAGAUCCCCACCUCCGACACGCUGACGUCGCAAACGGAGUCUGCGCUGCCCGAGCCCGAGCGCCCGAAAACUUACCCGCUGCUCCAAGAAUGGCUUCUGCUGCCGACGGAAUUGCCGUUUCAAUUCGACCCCGACGCGCACCGCCGCAGCGCAAAACACGUGGACGACUUUGCCCACGCGCAGAAUGAGUACAUCACCAAGCUCUACAAAGUGGUGGAGGACCUAGGGCCCAAGCCGGCGCCAGCAGACCAGGUGACACCAGAGCCGCUAGGGGUUGUGGCCCGCGACAUGGGACAAAACCGGGCCGCCGUGGCCAACACCAAGCGCGCACAUGUCGCGUUUGCGCGCCUCUUGGACCACUACGCCGCCUUUGUCGACACCGUGUCGCAGUACGUCGACGCCAGCGUGGCCCGCGACUACGACUUGCUCCAGUCGCUCUUGGAGGCGCUCCACGCCAGCUCGUUUGCGCCGGAACAGACGCGGCCCGAGCUUGUCGUGCGCUGGAUCAACCGCUACGACCCGAAACCAGACAAUGCGCUUGUCGACGCCGUCAUGUACAACACGCCCUUGCCCUACACGCACGCCAGUUUCUGGCUGUAUGUGACGGCGCUCGUGACGCGCGGCUUGUUUGCCCAGGCGGCGCUGUCGCUCCGCGCGCUGAAGUUCGACGAGCUCGAGCACACAUGCCCCGUUUUGCAUGCGCAGUUUGGCGACUUGGCCGCUCUUGUCGCCAGCUACGAGCCCAUGGCGCAGAAGGGCCAGUUUGCCGCGUGGAAACGCGCCGCCAGCGACUUCCGCGCCGCGCUCGCCACCGCAGACGUCGGCGCAGAACAUGCUGCGGCCGCAGCCAGCAUCCGGGACGUGGCAGGCGUCCUCUGCGGCCUUGUGCGCACCAUCGCCGCCCACACAAGCACUUGGUACGACAUGUACGGGGCGUUGGCGUUGUUCCACGUGCGCGAGGGCGCCGACGCAGACCACGCCGAGCUUGCUGUGGCGGAAAAGGGCGUUCCGCCCGCCGAAGCGGCCCUUUGCGACGCCGUGCGCCACCGCCACAUGCGCUUGCUUCUUGCCAUCGACCGCCUCGACCCGGCCACGGCGGCGUACGUGUCGCGGCUCAUGGAGUGGCACGGCUGCUUGGCGGUCGACGCCGACGGCAUCCACGACGGCGACUUGGCCAAAGACCUGUCCAGCAUCACUGUCCAUGGCGGCAGCGUCUCGGACUACCUCUUGACGCGCCACGCCUACGAGUGCCUCGAGGUGCACGCCUUGGCCCCCGUUGGCGUUGGGCUUCUUGCCUCCGUCGUGCCACUGAGCUCUGCGCACGUGCGGGCCGUGCUUCAACAGUUUCUUCCCCACUACGAGUGUUUCACCAACGACGACAUGGAGUGGGCCUUGACGCUCUGCGCCAAGUUCGCCCUUGCCGACACCGCCCUGCGCUUGUACUUGCGCCAGGGCGAAAAGUCGUUGCGCCUGGGCCAUGUGUUCGAGGCGCUAUCCAUGUGGGCCCGAUGCUUCGGCGGCCCGGCCGAGGAGUCUGCCGCGGCCAUGGCCCGCAUCCACGCCGUCUGCUGGGGCUUGUUCCAGGACAGUCUUCUCCGCGGCGCGCCGGUGGCAGACGAGUUGCUAGCCAACAUUGUCCGCGGCGACGUCGGGUUUGCCGUUCCGCCGGUGCUCCGCCAGUGCUUGGCGCCGUACGCUGUGCUUGCCGAGUACUGGCUCGGCCGCGCCGACACAGCACGCAGCAUCUCGCGGGUGUUCCAUUUGCUCCGCAUGCGCCACAUGCCAAGACGGUUUGCGCCGUUGUUGCUUGCGCAGUUGUUGCCCAUGUUCCGCGAGCAUCUCACAUUGCCGGACUUGGUGGUGACCAUCGAGUUGAUUGAUGGCUUUGAGAAGGGCUCAGACACGGUGGAGGUGUCUCCAGACGACGAGUUGGACUUUGCGGACGCCGACUCCGACUCCGAAGCCGACAACGAGAUGCGUGGCAUCUUCACACGCUACGACAUGGACGAGUUGUAUCAGUACGCGGUGGAAAACCCGCCGCUGGCCGACGAAGACUGGCGUGUGGUGUUGAAGGCGAGAGGCGACACUGUGCCUGCUACGGUGGCCGAGUUGGUGCACGAGUUGCGUGAACAGAUUGUGGCCAAGAUCGGCCGCGUGUACGUGGGACAGGUCUAG